AAGGCCAGUAGAGCCCAUCCCCACCUUAUAUCCUCUUUUGAAGCUCACAAUUGAGCUAAAGAUUGCUUCUUCCCAUACACAGAUAUGGCAACCAUUUCUGGGGUGAACCUCUCAAGUCCAAGGAUCUUGGCCAAGGCAGCUGAGACACCUAAAGUGCAGGCCCUCAAUGGCGGGUGGCUCCACCGCCCGUGGAGGCAGUCGGGCCGAUUCACGGCCAUUCGGUUGAGAGUUCCUCCGGUUCACGCCGCACCAGAUAAGAUAUCCGAUAAGGUAGAAGAGAGCAUCAAGAAUGCAGAGGAGGCAUGCGCAGGCGACCCCGUGAGCGGGGAGUGUGCGGCAGCGUGGGAUGAAGUUGAGGAACUGAGCGCAGCGGCGAGCCAUGCCCGGGACAAGAAGAAGGAGUCGGACCCAUUGGAGAACUAUUGCAAGGACAACCCAGAGACUGAGGAAUGCCGCACCUAUGACAAUUGAGUAAAUGGAAAUGAUAUAAAGUUUGAGGCAUGUUUAUUAUCCUUAUAUAUAUUGAUUUGGGUUAAAGUUACUGGACGACAUGUCGUUGUAGAACUUGUUUGAAGUUGUUAUUUUAGGGGGUUGCAUAGUCUACUCUCUUUAGAAACACGAAUCUGGUCAUAAAGUUACUUGGCUUAGUUAAAAGCUUAAGAUAUUACCCACGUAUCAUUCAAAUUAAAAA